AUGCCUCGGUUUGCCUUCCUCGUCGUUGCUGACGCCAUGAGCGAUCAACCAAAUCUCGAAAUCCCCACAGAGCUGUUGGAGGCCAUGACCACUUUCAAUGAGAAGAUGGCCGGUGAGGGCGUGCUUCUCCAUGCUGAUGGCUUCACACCCUCAUCUGACGGGGGCUAUCGGCUCAAGUUUGGUGGUUCGUCUGGGCCAGAAGUCAUCCCUGGUCCCUUUGAUCUGUCAAAAGAAGACCACGUUUGCGGAUACUGGAUUGUCAAUGUAAAGAACGCCGGGGAGGCGCUAGACUGGGCCAAGCAAGUUCCUUUCCCGGAGGGACAACUGCUUGUCCGUAAGCUCUCUGAUGGAUGUGAUUUGGGGAAGAGUUUCACGCCUGAGUUGAUGGAGCGCGAGAAAAAGCUGAAGCUGAAGAUGCUGGAGAACCUAAAGAAGGCGGCAAAUGAGUAA